AUGGCUGAUCCUGAUCCACCGCCCGCCGCGCCUCGCUCGACCAGCGCCUCCUCAUCAGCACCCUCCUCGGCGGGAGGAGAGGCAGCAGGACCGGCGCUGUUGAGUAUCCGUGGGGCGGCAUCUGCGUCUGCGUCUGGCUCGACGGGCGAAUCGCCUCUUCCCCCUCCCACUCCUCCUCCUCCUCCUCCUCCUGCCGCCUCAUCAACCUCCACCGCCCAACCCACCACGACCACGACCACAGCGGCCAGCACCAAGCCCGUCCCAGCCCAGAAACGACCGCGGUUCUCAAUCGCUCUCGCGGCUGCCGCAUCCGCUGCCGCUGCCUCUGCCUCUUCGACCGCCUCGCCCAAGUCGCCUGCCAAGUCUCGCGUCCCAUCCGGCGGGUCGAAGAACGUGUUUGCGAUGACAGGCAAGGGGAAGGAGAAGGAGAAGGAGCGAAAAGAGGUGGGAGAGGUGGAUGAGGAGGAUAUCAAGGCGUUGGAGGAGUUGAGGCGUUCUACGGGCCUUGUUGGGGCGGGUUCCGGACGCUCUGCGAGUCCGACCACGACGACGAGGGGUCCGUUGUUACCGCCUAAACCUGUCUUUGGAACUUCUCCCCCUCCCCCUCCACCCACGACGACGACGACCAACCCGCCCGCCGCAAACGAAGGGGACUUGAUCCGCCGGCGCGUGAGCGAGGGGAACUCGUAUUCGGAGAAAAUGAUGCGGAGGGAUCGGGAACGGAGUGUUAGUCAGAGUCAGAGUGGGGGACGAGGGGAGGGGGAAGAAGGCGAGGAGCGGGAGAGGGAGAGGGAGGGAUGGAGGAGGAUGGAUGAGAGGCCUAGGUCUCCGCCUCAUGGCUCGUCGUCGUCGUAUGCGAACGGACACGGACACGGACACGGACAUGGGUACGGGAACGGGAACGGCUAUGGACGCGGCGGCGAGAGGGAGAGGGACAGGAGGGACAGCUACGCCAGUCCUUCGAGGUCUGCGCGGUACGACUCGCCGCGCGAACACCGGCCGAUGGCGGAUUACGAUCGUCAGUCGCAGUGGGCGUCGUACGACCCGUACGAAGGGCAAGUGGGUCUUCCGUACGACCAGGAGCCGGCGCCUUCCUCUUCGUCGCGCGAACCGAGGCGGCAUGAGGACGGUCGCCGAGACCGCGAGGGUUACUGGGCUGAGCGCCGAGACGAUCGGCGAGGUGACUACCGACGAGGCGAUGACCGGCGAGAGGACCGGCGAGGCGACGAGCGCUGGCAGGGUCGGCGCGACGAUGACCGCUCGUCGAGCAGGCGAGACCACCGCGACGACUACCCCCGAGACCGCGGAUACGAUCGUCGACCCGUCUCGUACCACGACGAAGACAGGGACCACCCUUCGAAGCGGCACAAGUCGGACAGGUCGCCUGCGCCUCGACGAGCGAGGUCGCGCGAUCCGAGUCGGUCGCCUAUAAGCGUGCACGACAGUCCUUCCGAGUCGGGGACGCCGCGCGACCCGUACGAGAAGAGCAUCCUAGAUCCUCGACAGCGCGAAGAGGUGCAGGAGAGGAUGAGGUCGGGCAAUGUGAGGAGGAACGAGGGAGCGAUGCGGAACGGUGUGAUGCAGGAUCCCCGAGACCGCUACGCCGACCGCUCUGCGCCGCCGCCACCUCCACAGCCGCAUCACCAGCACCAGCAGCAGCAUUUCCCGCUUCCCCCGCCGCCUUCGCAUCUCCCGCCUCCGCCUGCUUUCGUCCCGCAAGCGGGCUUCCCGCCGCCUCCCCCGCCUCCAGCUCUCCAUUCAUCUUUCAUCCGCCCGGAACCUAUCCACGCCCCUCCUCAUACCGCCGUUCCAGCCGGAUCGCGUCCCGCUUCUCAGCCUUCCGAGUCGAUCAACCCCUCUCCAGCCGUCGGCGCUCCCGCUCCUUCUUCGUCUCGCGACGCCGCUCCAACUCCCGUUUCUUCUCUCCAACCGACUUCGUUCGCUCUGCACGCCGAUCCCUUGCCGCUCACCAUGCGCUCGAACCGAAGUGCGGAAGAGCUCUGGGUGCGCGAGAUGAACGACGCCGAAGUCGACGAGCUCGUCGCUCGCGCGCGGGCCGAAUCGUCGUCCUCGUCUGCGACGAGAAUCGAGCGCAAGUACGUCGGGUGCUCGCAUAUCAGCGAGUACUCGCUGAAUGAGAAGCUGGGUGAGGGGACGUUUGGUGUGGUCUGGAAGGGUAUGAGGGGUGGGAACAAGGCGCCUGUGACCGCGACUGAGGCUGAGAAGGAGAAAGAGGAGGAGGAGAAGCUUGUCAAGGUUGGGUUGAGGGUGAGGAAGGGCAAUGUGGUCGCGCUCAAGCAGAUUAUCUUUCACAACGAGGGUGACGGCCUGCCGAUCACCUCGGUGCGCGAGAUUCGCAUCCUCAAGAUGCUCGACCACCCGAACGUCGUUCCAGUUGUCGACAUCGCCUACGAGCCCGCCGAUGCCCAGAACUUCUCGCUCGGCAAGACGUUCAUGGUCUUCCCCUACAUGGACCACGACCUGGCGGGCUUACUCGAGAACCCGCGCGUCAAGCUCGAGACGGAGCACAUCAAGCAGUACUCGAAGCAGCUGCUCGAAGGAACGGCUUACCUGCAUCGCAACCGCAUCCUGCAUCGCGACAUGAAGGCCGCCAACCUGCUGAUCAACAACAAGGGCCAGCUCAUGAUCGCCGACUUUGGUCUCGCACGCAGCAUCGAAGCAUUCGAGAAGAACGUCGAGUACACGAGCUGCGUCGUCACGCGCUGGUAUCGUCCGCCUGAGCUCUUGCUCGGCGAGAAGCGCUACCACACGCCCGUCGACAUGUGGGGAGUCGGCUGCAUCAUGGCCGAGAUGUGGCAUCGCUCGCCCAUCUUCCCCGGCAGCUCCGACAUGGACCAAGCCGUUCGGAUCUUUGCUUCGUGCGGACCGCCGACAGACGAGACGAUGCCAGGUUGGCGCAGCUUGCCGGGCGUCGAAGGACACGAGACCGUCACCUGGGCCAACAACGGUCGUUCUGUUCGAGCCGACUGGGCGGGCAAAGCGAACGACGACUUGUUCGGCGACCUGAUGGACCGCAUCCUCGUGCUCGACCCGAAGAAGCGUUUGACGGCCAACGAGGCGCUCGACCACGACUGGUUCUGGACCGAACCUUUCCCUUGCGAGCCGUCUCGCAUGCCGACCUACGAGGCGUCGCACGAGCUCGACCGGCGCAAGCGCGUGCAAGACCAGCACGCCGCGUUCGGCCAGCCCGUCCAGCAGAUGCAGCAGCCCAUGCACGCUCGUCCCGCCAUGCCCGGCUACGGCAAUCCUCCCCCUCAGCAGCCUUACCCAAACCAGCACGCUUCCGCGCCUUUCAACGGUCCGCCCCCUCCAGCCGCAUUCAACGGCCCGCCUGUCGCAGCCUACAACGCUCCCCCUCAGCCGAUGGCGAACCCGUACAAUGCUCCGGCGCAGCAGCCGUACGGCGGUGCAGGGAUGGGAGGAAUGGCAGGAGGAGGACCGCACCGCAGCUACGCCGCCGCAGGUCCGCCCGUCGCGACUGUCGGUGCUCGCCCGACGAACGGUGCGUAUGAGUCGACGAGGCCGUCGUGGCACUCGCAGCCGGCGCGGCCGUACGGAGCGCCUCCAGCAGCCGCAGCACCAGGUCGCGGUCCGGUAGUCAACCUGAAGCAGCGGUUCGCGAAGAAGCAUUGA